GGACAGUCAGAAGAGUGCCGGAGGAACCUAGCUAGGAGGAAACGUUGGCUAGAGGGAGAGACGUCCUUCGCCGGCGAAGUAGGAAAAGGAACACAACGAGCGCCGUUGAAGAAGAGAGGGGAGGGGGGAAGAAGGGAGGCUGAAGAAGGGGGGAGGGCAGGUCGCGUGCCGGCGUGGUGCUACUCCGGAGCUGAAAGAGAGGAGAGCACUUACCUUACCGACGUCUCUCACGGUUAACACGCAGGGGAGCUCCUUCGCGUAUAUUCCUCCGCGUGCGUUCUCAUACAUACACACGCGCACACACACACAGGGAACUGCCGCUCUGAUAUACGUAUACGCGCGCUCGCGUACAAACGGCGCGGUUCCCCCCUCGUUCCGUGUGCGCGGACGUCUCCUCGGUGUGUUUCCCGGUGUGUGGCUCACCUACCUACCUACCUACCUACCUACCUACUUACUAACCUACCCGCACCGCAGCCUACGGAUUCAGUCUCCCCGCCCAAUCGGCGGUGUACCCACGACGGAACGUACUUGCGUGUUUGUGUGUGUGUGUGUAUAUACCUGUGUGCGGGACGUUUGUACGCGGCAUCGCCCGCUUCACACAUCGGCACACGGCUUACUCACCACCGUACGGACCACUCCGCUCUCGUCGCGUCUCACGAAUCUCCUCCGAGAGCGCUCACGGUUCUCGCUGAUAUUCCGCUUCGUCCGCGGCACGGAGGAAAGAAAGAGAAACAGAGAGAGAGAGAGAGGGGGAGGGGAGGGAGAUAUCACACGCCUCGAGAGAGGACCUGGACAACGGAGCACGGGCACCAAACGAUCGCCGGACGGUGGUGAGCAACGUGGUUGGCUCCUUCCGUCGCUCCUCCCGUGAGAGAAAUCAACAGUCAGGACUCGACUGUCCUGUCGACACGAUACACGCGUUUUGUGUUUCGAUACACGUCCGGGCUCGCACCCGGAGAUCGGCAGUGUGAUCCCACGGGAAUCGGUCAACCAGAUCGGACGAUCGCCACGAAGGAACUGUUAAUAAGACCGAUUGGCGUCCGAUCGGAACGCAAAAACAGAACGAACUCUAGUCAGGACAGCGGAAGAAGAGAAAGAGAAAGAGAGAAAGAAAGCUGUCACCUGAAGAAAACGGGAGACUGUCUGGUGCGGUGUGUGGUAUAAAAAAAAAGGGGACGAGUCGUGUAUCGCCGGAGCGGGAACGAUCGGAACCGUUAUCCGAGCACGUGGUCGCGGUGCACCACGAGGUGCAAGAAAGCUUCCGGUGGAUCCUGAGUGUAUUACAUGUUGAGGAACGAUCUGGUACGGGUCAACGCGAAAUGUUCGUGCGAAUGUUCCAGCAUCUCGUAUCCUCGUAAGGGCCGACGUCUCGCGCACGUGGAAGGGUCCGCCAAAGAGGGAGAGUGAUCACGAGUGUGAGGAUAGUGUGUUGUUGUAAAACAAGUGAUACCUCCGCAUUCAUCCGCCCUCUCAUCCAUCUCGUCUGACUGUCGUUUCCUUCUCUUUCCGGCUUCCUCUUCUACUCCUUCCGUCUAUUUCGUUCGGAUUGCCUCAUGAGCGGAGCAAAGUGUCGCAAAAUCAACGGAAGUGCGCUGUCACCCUCGGCUUCAAGGUCGUGGCAUGUCGUAUAAGAUUACCCCAAGCGGAGAGCAGGAGCAAGGCCGAGUGAUAGAGGCAGUGUGAUGAGCGGAUACCUCGGUAGCAUCACCCUGCCCCCGACGUUGCUGCACGACCCGAAGUAUCCUCCAGCCAUGCGGGAGAAGGAUUCGAGUCCGAGAAAGAUGCCGGGCCACAUAAGCCCGAAGCAAGCCAGCAUUUACCCCCUGAGCGUCCGCGUGCCAGACGUUGAGGAGCUGCCGUAUGAUCUCAGCCACGGUCACGGCCGCGGCCUGUCGAGCCCGACGAAUCAGCAACAACAGCAGCCGCACAUGAGCCCCGCGGCCAGACCGCCCCAGUCGCAUCAUCAGGACGAGCUCGACUGCGAGCCGCUCGAUCUACGUGUCGAUCACAAGAAGGAACGGCUCAGAGAUGAGAAUCAGAACGAGAUCGAGGUGUUGAAUCAGAACAGCCUGGGCGGCAGCUUGCCUUACCACACGGUGCUCUUUCCUCAGCACCACGCGAUGCACCCGCUGGUUCUAGAAGCGAUGUACAGAUCGCAUCAUCACAGCUCGCCGGUGCCCGAUCUGCCAAAGAUCCAAGUCAGAGCGCUUCCCACGAUGGUACCCCUGCCGCCUAAUAGAUUCUCCUCCACCUCGUCCACGUCCUCUUCGUCCUCGUCGCAGCCGACCGCGAGAGCCGUCAGUCCGGCCGUUGGUCCACAGCAUCAGCAAAAUCAUCCCUUGCAACAGCAGCAACAGCAGCAACCACAGCCGCAACAACAAAGUUCGAGUUUGCCGCCCUACUCGAUCAGCGUGCAAGCCCAAGGUCUCAAGCCCAAGGACAGAUACUCUUGUAAGUUCUGCGGCAAGGUAUUCCCUAGAUCGGCGAACCUGACGAGACAUCUGAGGACGCAUACCGGCGAGCAGCCGUACAAGUGCAAAUACUGCGAGAGGAGUUUCAGCAUCUCCAGUAACCUCCAGCGUCACGUCAGAAACAUCCACAACAAGGAGAAGCCGUUCAAGUGUCCGCUCUGCGAGAGAUGCUUUGGCCAACAAACCAAUCUGGAUCGCCAUCUGAAGAAGCAUGACGCGGACGGGCCGACGAUACUGGAUGAGGUCAGAUCGAGGUAUCACGGUCAACUUCCACGAGCCGACGAUUCCUACUUUGAGGAGAUCCGCAGUUUCAUGGGAAAGAUCACCUCGCAACGGCAGGGUAUACCGUACUUCCCUGGUUUGCUGGGUCACGCAACCGAUGACUUCAGAAACGACAAGCAGCAACUGCAGUUGGAGGAAAAGCGAGGCGACUCGUCGUACUUCAGUGACCGCGACAAUCUCAGUUCGAGGUCGAGCAGUACGGCCAGCAGGCCGGAGAGCGUCCAGGAGGAGCAAAGGGAAGUGAACUCACCGCCACUCUCUCCCGGAAAUAACACCUGAGUCCUAGGGCGCGACUACAUCGGCAUGGUAAUCCAAUUAAGAAAGGUUUGCGUCGGUUCGGCAGAGGCACGGUGGAAUCUGGGAAUAAGAGAAAAUUUAAUAUUUCGAGCGGUCGGAAUUUAUUAAGAGUGAAAGACCUAAAAUUAAACUUUUAACAAGAUUCCACAGUGAUACUACAAAAAACUAGUUUGUUUACGGUGAUCCUAACUUAAUUCGAAGCUACAUCAUUAGAUGCUAAUAGAGAUAAAUCAUUCUUCGUAGAAAUUUUUGCGAACCGUAAUAUAAACCGACGGAAGCGAAAAAAAAGGUGAUCUAUACAUCUAUAAAAGUAAAUCCUAAAGAUCGGCAACGAAUUUCUUGCUCAAGAUGGCGAGCAGCAGUCGAAUCAGUUUUUUUGUUCUAGGUUUUAAUAAUUAUGAAUUUUGAAACAAAUUCGUGGAAGGUUGCAACUCAUUAACACGUAGAUUCAAUCAGUUUGUAAAUGGAACUGAAAAUUAAAACGUGGUGCCUUGAAGAAACAUGUGCCUAACUUUUAGGACGUAUCGUCCUUUGAUCCUGAAAAGUACGAUCCAGUCGGGUCGAUAUAAAGAGCCUUAAUAAUAAACUUAGAUAAACAAUUAACGUAUAUUAAAUAUCGUACAAUAUUAAGAUCUUAGACUUAAACGCGUGCUUGAGUGAGUCGGAAAGUCAUAGAGAAAUAGGCGAAAUUGAUCGUGAUCUAUAGAUUGGUGAAGAGAUAUGAAAAAAGAUAUCUAAUAUAAACUUUCACUUUGUAAAAGAAGAUAUAAAUAUAUCUCUUGCUUUUUAAUUCGUAUAUAGACAAAUUUCGUGCUUAUUUUUAUGGAUUGUUAUUACUUCCAUAUUUUUAAUUUUAUUGAAAUGAGUUCUGCGUGAUAUAACAUGAAGUAUAGAACUUAUUACAUUUGUUGAAUUUUUAUUAUUUGCAAAAUGAGAUGAAAGUUGCUCUUGGUGAUUAUAAAUUACACUUUAUGAAUUGAGUUCUAUGAAUUUUUAUUUUACCUCAAAUAUAUUUGUAUCUUCUCUUUUAUACUUCUCGCAUACAAGCUCAAUGUUAAUUAUAAGGAGCAUUUUAUGGAUUCUCUCUUCCUAGGUCCAACUGCAAAAUCAUCAACAAAAUGAUGUAUGUAAGACAUAAUUCAUUUAGGCUCGCUGGCUGUCGCAAUAUUUCUAUUUACUUGUCGAGAAUUAUGAUAGAUGAAUUUAACCGCUGUUUCAUCACCGUAAAUUUGAAUCGCCACAAUACAAAGUUUUCCAGUAAAUAGCGGGCAAAAAUACGAAUUACAUCAGCCGGUCAAUAUUAUUUGCAAAUGGUAAGAAAAUCCUCUGUGGAAAAAAAAGCGACAUUGUUCUUAAAUUACGUUAAGCCGCGCCGCAAAUUACGACGGCAUAAUGCAUGACUAAUUUGCAAAGAAGAAAGGAUAGCACGGAAAAAAGUGCCGGCACUGUAAUUAAGGCCGUUGCAAUCCUUUCGAUCGUCCCUACACUUUUCCACCUUUCACGACGCAUUCCUCUCGCGCGACGGGUUUAGCACGAAGUCUGAUUUCGAGAUUAACGAGAAGUAUCAUCCGUAAAAAUUGCGCGCGGACCAUUUUAAUUAUAGAAUAAGACGAAUUGCCUUCUCAGAUGUGCAAACAAAUUUAUACACGAUAAAUUGCAAUAACGCUAAAAAUAUCGCGACAGAGUGAUAUACAAGCAAGUCUGUUUUAAUGAUAAUAAUACUUUUAUGAUUAAUUGAAAAUUUUAAAUCAACAAAUCACGCAACUACAAGAAGCGCGAAGAAAAGUAAUAUAUUCAUACUGUAGGAUGCCCGGUUUAAUAUUCAUUUUUCUCAUACAGCGUCGUCAUAUAAUGUCCAAGUAGGUUGUUAAGUCUGCGUAAUCCGAUGAGCAUCCGAGCUUAAACCGCGUGUCGCAAGAUUCGCGAAUACCGAACAGAUCUCGUCGCAGGCUUCGAAGAGGUUCGCGACGCGCGAAGCGGACGAAAAAAGAAUUGACGGAAGGAAAAGUUCGGGAGAACGCGCGGGACGAUUUGCUUCGGCGGAAAAAAAACGCGGCUGAUGGGCGACCGUUCGAUUUUACGACCUAGAAAGUGAAUUUCAGCGCUCGGGCAACUCGGGCGCCUUCGAGCGUAAUCCGCGAAUCGUCGAGACCAAUGAUCCGCUGAGGAAGCCGAACAAUAAAAUAGCGUUUAGAAAUCGAUGGGCGGAUCUCCGCGCGCCGAUCGGUCUCGCUGCCGAUCGGCCGCGCGUUGGGAAAUCGGAAGAGCUCGAAAAGUUCGUCGCACUCCGCGUGCCGCGGAUCAUUAAGUUUUCAAUCUGGGGAAGCCGGUGACGUGUCGGAGACAUGCCGGGAAUUAUCGUCACGAAAUGAAACGCGAAUAUCAUUAGAAGACAUUUCUCAAUCCUCUUUCAACAUUGAGAUAUACACAAUUCUGAUACACAAAUGGCUGGAACAUCAGUAAACGCACCGAAUUCAUAUUAAUCAAACAAAAAUAUAAUUAAAAUUUGUUUCAAGAAUUAUCAAUUACAAAAAUCUACAAAAAGUAUUUGAAUAGAAUAGAAUUAGAUAACGUGUAGAUUUUUGGAUGUUGAAACAUUGAGGUCAAGAUUUCAAGAAUAAUAGGUUGUAAAUAUUUUUUUUACAAGUUUUUUUAUAAUUUUUUGAGAUGGCGAUAACAUCAUUAUUAAAUUGACGAUUAAUUUAAUUUGAAAUAUUAUUUCUAGUUACGAUUGCGUUCAAGUAUGACAAUCCGUAUCAAACACGCAGCCUCUAGAACUGAAAAAUGUAUUUAAAAAAUUGAUAUAGAAAUAUUAUUAAACAACAGGAUUCGCUUCGAUCGAAAAAUGACAAUUCUCAUUUUGUGUGUGGUUCACAUAUCAAUUUAAUAUUCAACUUAUUAUAAGUUGUAAAGUUCGUGAGGAAGUAUAUAGUAAUAAAGCACUAGUAACAAAACUUAUGAAAAGCAAAAUACUUUUAUGAUAGUUUUCUGUGAUUAAUAACAAAAGUGAAAAUCAAGUAACAAUUCAGAAAUGCUUAGCGCACUUAAACUUAAAUUUUACCGGUCUUGGCGCUAUCUUUGUUUAUGAAAAUAUCGUGGAGAAUGCCUUUGCCAACUACGCAAACGUACAAAUAUUACGAAAUUAGAAAUAAAAACGAUAGGUUUCCUCAAACGAUUUCUUGGAAUUUAUUACAGCAGAAGUUAUAAAGUUUUGUUAAAAAAGUUUACGUUCCUUUAUAACUUAUUAUUCUUGAAAUUUCAAUAUAAUAUAUAAAUUUGGAAGUCAGAUUCGUUUUCAGCAUCUAAAAAUCUACACAAUACAUCCAACUCUUUUUCAAGCAUAGAAAAAAAAUUUUUUUUUCAGGCUUGUGUUAUCAAAGCUAUGUAAUUAUGUUUACUUUCUAAUUGAAAUUGGAAACGUCAGCAGACUAAUCUCGAAACAUCGCUGUUCUGAAGAAGCGGAAGAGAACUAGGAGGUUUUACAGUUCUUCGUCUCUGAAACCAAUUCGCGCCGGGAAAAGAAAUCGGUAGCACAGGAGUCAUUAAUAUGUAAUUAUCACUCCAGCGAGAAAGAGAGAGAGAGAGAGAGAGAGAGAGAGAGAGAGAGAGAGACGCAAUCAUUACAGCAACGCGCGAUUCUAGCUGUCCGGAUCUAAAUCACGAACUUAACGAACUCCACUCGUACGCAUGCACGGUUUAAGAGCGUAAUCGGUAUACUGCAUCAUACAGUCUCUGAAUUACCUAAUCCUGUCGCUCGGGAAUUAAAUAAAAACACAAGUGACAAUUUAUUGAUAUUAAUUUCCGCGCGUUAUCGUUUUCCUUAUUACGCGUUAAACGCUUAAAACUCCACAAGAAAUUAACGGGAAAAUAUAUCCGUAUAUCUGAUCUCGCAAAGAGAUCGCAUUAACGCGGAUUGCCGCUGACACAUCUCGUUAGGCGGCUUUUUUCUUCGAUCGGCAAAUGACAGCGGGAUGUGGCGAGGCUUUUCUGCUUUGCUCGUACGAGCGUAAUGCUUUGUUUGUGGCUGACGCGUCGGGAAACGAUAUCCGCCGAUAUGCAGCGUGUUCGCGGGGCUGAGCAAAAACUCGUGUCGGCGAACGGGUAUCAUUCCGGCCGACACUUCUGGCGAACGGCGCGAACGAUGCGAAAUCUCUGCGAGGUUCUCAUCGAACCGCGGAAAUGUCUACGGUGAAGAAAGGACCCCGAUCUAAAAUCGACGCGGCGCGGCGCGGCACGGAAUCUCUGCGGCGUGGAAAAGCCCCGUGCUUCCUGCCGGCGAUGAUCGGCAAGAAGAGGCGAGUAAACGAUCGGAGUGCCUGGUAAACCCCACCGCGGGCAAUCCCACACGGAUGAUGAUAUAUCCCCUCGUUUCCUGCGGACGGUCGCUGAAGACCGUACCUUGGGUGAAACGAUGUAAUCGCCUUCCGCUCCUUGAGUCAGGUGCAAAUUUAUCCACACUUUCUAGCGAGCAGCGCCGGCAUCGCUGAUGCGGAUUCCUCCAGGAGGAAUCCGCUGAUCCUCGGGAUUAACCCGAUCAAUUCCUAGUAGCAUGAGCGUAACGCGGGAGGUCAAAGGCAUAAUGGAAACUAAAGCGUAAGGGGAACUGUAUGACUGUCUAUCCGUCUUGCGUGUAUACAAGAUAGAUUUAUGUGCGAGAGCUUCGUGUGAGGGCAGAUCUUAAGGACCUCACGUGUCCGGUAUCUUUCACGUAGAGAAAAUGCGCGAGUUCUCGUGUGCGUGAAUAUGCCUCGCGUGUGCCAGGACCUUAAAUGUAUGUAUGUAUCAUCAUCGUCUGCGCCAAGAUCUUCGUACGGACGAUUGUGGAAGAUUGAACGUGCAAUCUUCGCUAAAUCUUAUUGCUAAAUUAGAAGGCUCGCGGCUCAAGUGAUGGAUGGCUAUAUUUUCUUUUAGAAUCAUCAUGAGACGCACCUUUGUUAAAACUGUCUGCUUCUAUUAUCUUUGCGAAUUCUUUCUAACAAAAAAAAAAUCUGUUUACUUUCUAUAAAUUAAUUCUCUGUAUCUUAUUUUCUUUUUUCUUCUCUUACGUUAAAUCUACAAUAAAAAAAGAUACUUUAAAUACUAAAUUAAAAAUCAAGUCUUACUGUAGUCCAAAUCUACAAGUUUAAGCCUAGAACUACCAGAAUAAUUAGUUUGUAAUUUGUUUAUAAAUUUAUCAAGAAACAUUUUUUAAAAUUAUGCACACAUACGCGCACAGACUUAAUCUGUGCGUAACUUUUUUUAUCGCUUUUUAUGACGCGGUAGUAUUGACUCACGAAUACAUGACUUUCUAAACGUUGAUUGGUCAAUUUAAACCUUCACUGAGAAAAAUAUCCGGAGAAUAACGAUCGGAUUAUCCUGUUAAAAAGUAUCAAACGGAUAUUUUCGAUUUAGAUCGGAAUGUGCAGAAAUGAACGGAUAAAUCUGUUUAAAAAUACAGCACAAAGUCUAAAAUCAGGCCAUAAGACUUCUUUAAGAUAUUUAAGAUUAUACUACUAUAUUAGAUUAUACUACUACUUAUAUUAAGAUUAUACUACUUUUGAAAAGGUGUCUUAAAGAUAUCUUUUUAGAUGUCUUAAAGUCGUCUUACGUCUCGAUUUUGUGCUGUAUGGGAAGUGACUAUACGACAGAUUAUCCAUUUAUUUACGGAUAUUCUGAUCUAAAUAAUCGGAAAUAUCCGUUUGUUACUUUUUAACGGGAUAAUCUGUUCGUUAUCCGAUUGAAAUUUUUCUCAGUGUUUAUAUCUGAAAAGCCAUUUCUUGAAAUAAAAAUUUAAAAGUACUUUUUUUUACAUAAUUUUUCGAAAACUUUUUUGCUUAAUAGUGUUUUGAUUCGAGAAUUUUGGAACAUUCCAUGUGUAUAUAUAUAUGUAUAUGUUUAUAAUAUUUAAACUAUUGAGUAUUAAAUAGGAAAUAGAUAUACAUUAAACAUUGGUAAUCCUAGAGAUAAAGUUUCCACUGGCUUUACGAUAAUUUUUUUCUAAGAAUCAUUCGUUUAAGUGUCGUCGCGAAUUUCUCGUAUAUCCCCACUAUUAAAAUCGUAGUAUGGAAUUGACUGGGAAAUAUUUUAUAGCUGCUUCGUCAUUGGAAUAAUCCCACGCGACACGCGAUAUCACUAUUACAGGCGCGCGCUCGGUUUCCUCGGGUUCCAUGGAACGCAGUUGAAAAUCUCGACCGGUGAGUCUUAAAAAUGGAUUAAUCGCUUCCCGGCUCCUCGGGCGCGAGUUUACUGCGCUUUCUAGAUCGUGCCGACACCAUCGAAGCGGAAAACAAACAGCACGUCAGUUUCGUGACUGAAAGUGUUAUCUCGAACGACUCCGAUUAAUUGCGAGAGACUCGCGUCUACGCGUAUAAGCCGCGCGCGAUGCCGAUAUAAUAUAUCGUCCGAGUUGUUUCACUGCAUUCGUUCCAAGGAUCACUCAUAAUUAUAAAGAUAAGAGAGCCACAUGGCGCGUAAAUCCUCGCAAACACGUAAAUAACGAAAUGUUUCAAUUCUAUAUUUAUAAUCGUACUAAUUUUAAUCUUUGAAUUAUACGAAAAGGAUUCGUACAUUUGAUAGUGACGAUAAAAACGUAGCAAUUAAUGAAGCGUGAAGAGUACAUUAACACUUUGGACACACACACACAUUGUUGUUGCUUUUUGAUGUUGGGUCACUGACUCUUCUCAGUUAAUUUUCAUUACUUUCACAAGGGUAAAAAAAGUCUUCGAUGACUCUUACGUACACUUUAACAUUUCUAGAAAAUAUUUGUAAGAUUAUUUGAAAGAAUAAUUGUAUAUAAAUGUUGUAACUACAACAAGAGAAAGGAAUUGUUAAAUGACCAAACUAAAAUUAAGUUAAACGCUGGAAUCAAGACUCAAGUAUUUUAUGUAUUUGAAUUAAAUACAUAAGUACUUGAACUGAAAAAAUUUAAUCAAGUUGAAAAACUUAUUCAAUUUAACAACUUUUUUCUCUCAGCAUAAUUACAGUGCUCUCCAUUUAAUUUUUCAAAGAAAAGAAACGUAGAACAAAAUUGUAGAAUUAUUGUGUGUAUCUAUACAAAGUGUUAACAUAUUGAUGCACUGAACGUUACUUCCGUAAGAUCAUCGCGAUUGCUAGCCUUUUAUCGCAAUGCAACGGUCGCCGUUUUAAAUCGCUUUAGAUCAACUUAAAGACGUUAUUAUCGCAAACUCCGUCCGAUUACGACUGCAAUCUCGGCGGCGAACGAGUCGUCGCGCGUGGAGUUCGCUCGCCGUGAAACGAUUUAAUCGUUGCUUCCGGUAGGAUAUUGGGUGCAAAUUUAUUGGCGCUUUCUAAGCGUGGCUCAGAGGUAGUGCGCGUAAAUCCGACCUUGAUUAACCCGAUCAGUGAUUCGUAACAUAUUCCGUGCCGGUCUGGCUCGGGGAUGACGUGAGCUACGGAGUAGCUCAAGGUGCUCCCGCGGCGCAUCUCGCAUCUGUUGGAUGCGCUUUUUUUCCACGCCCUUCAUCGCGCGACUAUACGAGCGAAAAACGAUCCGCACUUUCUACAACGCGCGGAUGCAAACGCGCAGAAAGAUCCCGGCAUGCGAUAGGGCCGACAAUGACUCGUAAACCGCAACAUUUUAACGGUGCGCUUCCCCGAAGCGAUCCACUUUUACGCCGCGCGGGAGGAAUCUAAUAAAUAUCUACCGGAUUAUUAUUCGAAUCGCCGUGGCGGAAAGUGCUGCCGUCCUCCCCGACGAUGAGAAUUUAAUAUCGCCGGAUCAAAAUUAUUGCGCUUUCUAAACGAUAACAUCUACGCAAAGCGGGUGCUUUCAAGAUAAGAAAGCAAUCUUGCGGAUAAGUUCUGUUUCAUUAUAUGGUAGAGAUCGGAGAACUUGUAUCGCUUGCACGAUUGUAACAUUGAUAUUGAAUUUUGGAACAACUUAAAAUUUCAAUUUUUUAUUAGAACUUGCUUCUCAUAUUUUAAUUUUAAAAAAUAUAUUUUUUUAUUAAAAAAUAUAUUGAACGCUGUGUGCGAAAAGAUUUAAACUCGUAAAUCGUUUAUGAAUACUAAUAAGUUUUUUGAUUUAAUUCAACUUUUUUCGUCUGCCUCGCUACACAAUUAAAUAUAAUUUAAGUUCUACAAUAAUCAGCAUUUCUCAUUUUUCUUUCAUCUCUAUUUAAUCUGUUCUUCUUUCUUCUUCUAACUUUCUUCUUUUCUAUCUUCUCUUUUUCUAACAUCUGCGUAUCUGAAAUUAGAAUCUUUAAUCUCUCUUAUGGUACAUUAGUUUACGAUUGUUUCUUUCCCAUUUAUUAAUGACACUUGCUGAAUAUAUCUUCUCGCAUGUAUUUAAUAUCUUUACAUUUUUUUCCGAAAAAAAGUCAAUAAUACACUUAUGCUCUCUUUUUGGCUGUAUAAAGCUGAAGUAAUAAAGCAUCACUUGUGCACAGCCUCCAAUAUUUCUAUGCUCCCGCAAAAGUUUCUACUUUAUCUUCGUAUUUUCAUCUUCUCUUUUAUCGAUCCGCCCUCCCGUCGCCGGAUUCCUCAUUUUACUCUUAUUGUCGGCGUUUCGUAACGCGGCCUUGCGCGGUGACUAAGCUCGCACAAUGCAGAUCUCGGAUGAAGCCCUGGCGCGCACGCGGGCCCUGUUUCUCUCCUUCACACGUGUACGAUCGCAGCCGAUGGCCUCGGACCUCUCUUGCGUUACACUUUUGCCACGCCCCGAUCGAACGGGUAAGCUCAUCGCGAAAGUGAAACGCAAUAAAGGAGCCACGCCGAGCGAGAGUCUCAACGAUCCGCGCGAAGGCGGAAAAGAGAAAGAAAAGAGGGCUCGACGGGAGAGAGAAAGAGAGACAGACUGAGGGACAAAGAGAGAAAAAGAGAUGUGAGAUCCUAUCGAUCAGAGAACCUCGAGGCCUGGAAAUCGGUUUUCUCGCAGCAUCCCGCAGUCGUCGGCGCGCAAGAAGAUAUUCUUGUAAUCUUGAAUUUUCUUCUAAAUUACGCAUUUCUGACAAAUAUCAUUUACCAGCGAUAAUAAUUUAACAUAAAUAUAAUAAUUUAACUAUAAAUUGCGCAUUCUACGCCACAAUUGAUCGCGAUAAAAGAGUUUGCGAUAGGAAAGUGUUGAUGAAACUUCUUAGGAGUCUUUCAAUGAUCGAUCCACUCGAGAGUUGGCAUACCGUUUAUUUUUUUAACGGCGAAAGUUAUACGUAUUCCGGAUGUAACUAUUAAUUUUAAACGUAUCCCGACAUCUCGAAACAAGUUCGCAUUUUAACAUUCUGCACAUGCGUUCAGUUACGACAUUUCUAAAUUAAUUUUCACUACUUUUACAAGUGUAAAAGGAUCCUUCGAUGGCUCUUACGUACACUUCGACAUCUUUGGAAAGUAUUUGUACGGUUGUAUUGUAUAUUAAAAAAAAAAAAUUGUACCUAAACGUCAUAAUUAAUUAUAGUGUUCUUAGUUUUUCAAAGAAAGAAAUUCGCAGGACGAAGUUGUUGAAUCGUGUGUACAGAGUGUUAAUAACAAGUCGCAAUAAACUCUUGGAACUUAAAUUUUGUUAAAAGCGACGCAAAGACUAAGUGAAGAUUGCCCGGGAAAGAAUCGUACCAUUUUCACAAUUUAACGGAUGGGGGGGAGAGGGGAUUUCGUGAGCGAUUCUCAAGCCCUCUCAUCUCCCGCAUCGUCGCCGCGUCUACUCGAAUAAAUUGCGUCAGAUUCUCGCGGUGCGGGACACGCCUCGCACUUCUCGUUCCAGUUCACGUGCGUGAUUUCACCGCGGUCACUCACGCGUCCACUUGCGACACUCUCGACCAUCCGAUCUCCGUCGAAUUGCGACAGCCGGCAAAGCAGAGAUAAAGAAGAAGAGAAAAGAGAGCAAGAAAGGGAAUAAGCGGAGGAGAGGAAACUGUAACGUUUGUACGAGCGUGCUUUGAGCUGCCGGUGCUCCUCAGCACGCGAGCCUUAUGGCCUUAUGUUACCUUUCAGUCGCGAAUCAUAAAUUCCGACGACCACAACGUAUAAGUGCGUUAUCGUAACUACGACGUUAAUGAUAAGGAUAUGUAGCGUGUACGGCACUGUGCCUAUGCAAAUGUUUCUCACGUACGAGCGAUGUAUACAUACCUAGCUGUUAGAAUUCGAGGCUCAAUCUUAGUUAGACAAAGCCGUAAGAGUUACGCUGCGAUGAGCGUCGAACGGACCUUCGAGUAUAAACCCCGAAACCUUCUUGCGCAGGAUUAGAUCUUUGCGCCACGAUAUCGCCUAUCAUAUUGUCAAUAUUACGUUUCCAUUUCGCAAUUUCAUCAAGUAUCGCUCUUCGACGAUGUUAAUCUAAAUAUUAUCUCGAUGAUGAACGCUAUUCGAGAACUGACAUUUGAAUAGUACGUAUGAGAGAAGAAAUUUCGCGAUACGUGGACCAAAGUCAAUCUAAUCUCUCGCAGCUGUGUGUAUGCCAUCACGACGACGUAACAUCUCACUUUGAGUUUAAGUUAAGUCCCGGCUUAGAUCCUUAUUUUAGUUAUGUUUCAAGUUUGGCCUUUAGCCAUCUUUGGGCCGUACCGCGAUCUCGAUCGUCGCUACGUCGAAUUCUAAUGGAACUGUCGAUCCGAUUCGCACGAGUGUUCGUACCACCAUCCUGUAAUUAUAUAUAGUCAACCGCGCGCGGUACGUAUUAAGAGAACUGUAAAGAACUAUCUCUAAUUUUUAUAUGAGGUAUAUAGACACAAAAAAUAUAUAUAUAUAUACACACACACAAGAUAUAUAUAUGUGAAUAUAGAUAAUAUAUAUACAUACAAAUAUAAAUAUAUAAAUUGUACCACGACGAUUGUGAUUUGACCGAGGUUACCGUGUUAUACGUACUUUUACUAUUAGCCACGGAAACGGCGCCGUGUGCCGAGGAAGCUAUAAAGCGCUCGUUACCUUUAGAACAAGUAGCAUUUAAGGACACAAAAAUUACACGUAUACACAAACGUACACACGUACACGCGCAAGUUUUCAAGCUCAGUUCAAUCCCACAGAUUCUUCUUAUGUCUAUAGUCAAAUGUUGAAAAGCAUGGAAAAGGCGCGAAGCGCUUCAACCGGACGAGCAAUCGUAGUAUUGUUUUAUUGUCGCAAAGAGGAUGACAUGCUCUCCUUUAAUAAACUGUGUGUUGCGUGAAAGAUGAACGACGCCUUUGCCGAAGUACAUUUCAGUGGUUCGUUUCUGUAGCUAAACGUUCAUUAUAAAAGCAAAAUGGAAAAUCUGUUUUAAAUUCAAAGUUUUUCAAAACAGCUUUCAUUGUAGAUAUUUCAAUUAUUCUCAUUUUAAUCAGUAUCUUAAGAGCUCAAUGUAAUAUUUUUAUACACAUUGAGAAAUUAUUAUUUAUAUUAAGAUUUCUGAAUUCCAGACUGCACUUAUUUGGAUUGAUACUGAUUGAAACUGCUUUCCGAAAUGAUCCAUUGAAUUGUUAAAUUCCCUCUCAUGGUGCGAGGACAUAGUUGGCUCAUCGAACGGAAUGAUCGAGUAAAGAUGACGUGCGUGAACGAUCCUAUAAUUGUUCGUCACUCCUAUUUUCCAUAUGACAUUUAUAGUUACAUAGUCACGCCUUUGUGUGUGCGGCACGAUGAUGACUGUAUAUAUGUCAAUAUGUAAUAUUUGAUGCAAAAAAAAUAUAUAUAUAUAUAAUGAUUCAAUAUAUAUAUAAGAAAGA